UGAUGGUGUAAGUACAUACACCCCAGUAUAUGUACAAUCGGAGGAAAAAAUAAGCGGGCAGGUAGUGGAAAUACGUACAAUAUCAAUACAAGUUUCGUUGCGUGCAGUUUACUUAAAUGCCGCAUAACAAAUUCACAGAAAUAUAAACAUGACAUCGCGAUUUAGUGGAGCAUUACAAAUUACAAAUCUAGAUGACUUUAUUACACCCUCACAGGAAUGUAUCAAACCUAUAGAAAUUCAAAAGUCAAAAAGCAAAACUGGUGCAAAAAUAAAAAUUGAGGAAGACGGGACACCUUUUGCAUUAAAUGAAGCUGGACAAUCAGAAAAAUUACAGAAAGUUGAAAUCACACUUGCUGAUUGUUUAGCUUGUAGUGGUUGUAUUACAUCUGCAGAAAGUGUAUUAGUUACGCAGCAAAGUCAAGAAGAAUUAAUGCGAGUGUUUAAAGAGAAGGUUUCUCAGCGUCGUCAGAGCAAAGAUGAUGCAUGUUCAACAUUUAUUGUUGUCAGCCUUUCAGUACAAGCAGUAUUAUCCAUAGCAAAACAUUAUAGUCUUAAGCCAGAACAAGCGUUAAAUAAACUUGCUGGAUACUUUUAUCAGCUAGGAGCAGACAUAGUUUUAGAUAUGACUGUGGCUGAUGACUUUGCCCUUUUAGAGUCUGCUAAAGAAUUUAUAAAACGUUACAAAGCAGCUAAAGGGGGUGCAAAAAGUCAAUUACCCAUGUUGUCUUCUUCUUGUCCUGGUUGGGUUUGUUAUGCUGAAAAGACACAUGGCAAUUUUAUACUUCCAUAUAUAAGUGUUACAAAAUCCCCUCAACAAAUUAUGGGAUCAUUAGUCAAAUAUCAUUUAGCUGAAACUAUGGACCUUUUACCAGAACAAGUUUAUCAUGUUACUGUUAUGCCUUGUUAUGAUAAAAAAUUGGAAGCAUCUAGAGAAGAUUUUUAUAACUAUGAAAGGAAAUUUAGAGACGUAGAUUGUGUCAUAACUCCAAUUUUGUUUCUUUCCCUAGUUGAAAUAGAACAAAUGCUUAGCGAGUAUAAUGUGCCAAUAAAUGAAAUAUGUGAAAGAGAAAUUGAAAAAAAGUUUGAAUCGCAAAUGGAAAAUUUUAAAACCAAUUUACUUGGCCAUAGCGGUUCAGGAUCUGGAGGUUAUGCAGAAUUUGUUCUUCAUUAUGCUGCAAAACAUCUGUUCGAUGAAACAGAUAUAACAGUUGAAUUUAAAAAUCUGAGAAAUCCUGAUUUCCAAGAAGCAGUCUUUCAGAAAGAUGGCCACACAGUAUUAACAUUUGCAAUUGCUAAUGGAUUUCGAAAUAUACAAAAUCUUGUACAAAAAUUGAAACGUGGAAAGUGUUCAUAUGAUUAUGUCGAAGUUAUGGCGUGUCCCUGUGGAUGUCUUAAUGGGGGAGCGCAGAUUAGACCCUCAAGUAAUAUUCAACCACGUGAACUGGCGUUACAGUUAGAAUCUAUAUAUAGAGAACUUCCUCGGAGUAAUCCUGAGCAAAAUACAGUAGUGCAAAAUUUAUAUAGAAAUUGGUUAGGAGGAGAGUGUACAGAUAGAGCUCUGUCAUAUUUCCACACACAGUAUCGCGAAAUAAAGAAAUCAGAUACAGCUCUUGCCAUAAAAUGGUAAUUACACAAAACCUUUGUCGUUAACUUAGGUAUUUUCUGUAUAAUGUAUAUCACUCAAUGUAUUAUUUAAAACAUAUUAUAUUUACAUUGUCAAUUAUGGUUAAUUAAACAUUUACUAUAUUACCGUUA